GUGGGCCGGGCACCUUUCAAACGUUCAGCCCCCAGGACGGCCCGUGGCCUCCGGAUUGGACGGCGCGAGCUGGGUGUGUGUGGGUCGCUCAAUCGCUCCGGAGCUUCUGGAGGGGGCAGAUGCAGGUGCGGGCUGCUGCAGUGCAGUAGCUGCUGGAGGCUGGGGAGGCCCGGACGCGGUGCAGGAAGACGCCGACCACGCGGGCUCCUCAUCGCGGGCGCCCACAGCGCGGACAUGGCGGGCUGGUGGCCGGCGUUGUCGCGCGCGGCCCGGCGCCACCCGUGGCCCACCAACGUGCUGCUUUACGGCUCGCUCGUCUCGGCCGGGGACGCGCUGCAACAGCGGCUGCAGGGCCGCGAGGCCAACUGGCGCCAGACGCGGCGCGUGGCCACGUUGGUGGUGACCUUCCACGCCAACUUCAACUACGUGUGGCUGGGCCUGCUGGAGCGCGCGCUCCCGGGCCGAGCGCCGCACGCCGUGCUGGCCAAGUUGCUGUGCGACCAGGUGGUCGGUGCGCCCAUCGCGGUCUCGGCCUUCUAUGUCGGUAUGAGCAUUCUCCAAGGAAAGGAUGACAUAUUUUUGGACCUGAAACAGAAAUUCUGGAAUACCUAUCUGAGUGGACUGAUGUACUGGCCCUUUGUACAGCUGACCAACUUCAGCCUUGUUCCUGUUCAAUGGAGAACAGCUUACGCUGGAGUCUGUGGUUUUCUCUGGGCCACCUUCAUCUGUUUUUCCCAGCAGAGUGGUGACGGCACAUUCAAGUCAGCUUUCACCAUUUUAUAUACAAAGGGGACCAGUGCCACAGAAGGGUCCCCGAAGAAAUGAGAAGUCAAGGACUCUCUUAAAGGGACCACAUUUUUUACCUAAAAUGCACAGAAUUGCCUGCAGACAAAAUAUUUGAUGUGCCAAUUAUGCACUUCAUUUUGAGGAAUUACUACUAUUUAUAGACCCACUUUUUAAAAAAUUAUCAAUGAUUAUUUUUGAAUUGUAUUCAGACUUUUUUCCUGUUCUAGUCUGAAAUAUUACUUCUCUAAUAUUUUGGUUAAUAUGAAUAAUAGUGGCAAAAUGGCAUUUUAGAAUUAUUAAUAUUUCUAAUAUUUUAACACAAGUUUCAGGAAACUUGGUUUUGAUUGUUCACAUUUCUAUUCUAAAAUCUCAGGUUAUCUCCUGAACACUUUUGGGCAGAUGAAGUUUUAUACCAAAAAAUAGUUCUUAGAGUGAAUUUUAAUUUACAUAGAACUCAAUCGAAAUGAAGAUUUAAUAACCAGAUUUCUUUCUCCAAAACAUACACAAUUUGUUGUUUUAGUAAAUACCUUUUUUUUUUUUUUUUUUUUGGGGUGGAGUCUUGCUGUCUCCCCGGCUGGAGCGCAGUGGCACGAUCUCGGCUCACUGCAGCCUCCAUCCUCUGGGUUCAAGCAAUUCUCCUGCCUCAGGCUCCUGAGUAGCUGGGAUUACAGGCACGUGAUACCAGGCCCAGCUGAUUUUUGUAUUUUUGUUCGUUUGCUUUUGUUUUUGACACAGAGUCUCGCUCUGUCGCCCAAGCUGGAGUGCAGUUGUGAGAUCUCGGCUCACUGCAAGCUCCGCCUCCCGGGUUCACGCCAUUCUGCGUCAGCCUCCCAAGUAGCUGGGACUACAGGCACCUGCCACGAUGCCUAGCUAAUUUUUUGUAUUUUUAGUAGAGAUGAAGUUUCACCGUGUUGGCCAGGAUGGUCUUGAUCUCCUGACCGCAUAAUCCACCCACCUCGGCCUCCCAAAGUGCUGGGAUUACAGGCAUGAGCCACCACAACCGACUUUUUUUUUUUUUUUUUUUUUU